AUGAGUUGUUGGUUGCAUGUCUUUUUAUUCAUCAUUUUCUGCCAGGAGAUUUGUAUUAGCCCAACCACCUCCACCCCGGUCCAAGCCAAAAUUAAACAUUACAAAGAUAACAGGACCAGCGAGAAAGAUCUGGAAGACCAGCUGGUUCCUGGCAUGGACUCCAUUUUUCCAAAAGUUAAUUCCAUCAAAGCUUUCAUCAGCGUGCUGAACGGACAGCCCGUGUCAGUGACGGUCGUCUGCACAGCCACUGGAAACCCGCCGGUGGACAUCACGAUAUUCAUGCCCGAUGGGGAGAUGAGAAUCGAACCGCGCAGCCAUCGCAAGUUGGAAUUCACUUUAACGCACACCUCCUACGUCAAGUCGUUCAAUGAUGCGAUUGGCGUUUACAAAUGCAAGGCCAGGAAUAAUAAUGGAGAGAGUGAGCCGUACGAGACGCUCCUGAAAACUCAGAUGACAACUGUGCUUCCGAGUUCCAGGGCAGCCAAAUUUAGCUGCAUCGGAUGUUUUGUCAUGCAAACCUUCCCCAUCCAUGCAACAAUCCUCAUCUCCCUCUCUCUCUUCCACUUUAAACUUCAGAGGAAGUUUUUCCACAAGACGCUAGCAUGCAGCAGUAAGGGAGAGAAAAAUUGUGAAGGUCAGGGCAGGAUCAAACGAAAAACAAAAAUAUACGCCACAAAUGCUCAGAAGAUAGAUUUCCGAUUCGAAUCGCUACUGAAUGUUCAAUAG